CCCCUUUGACAUGACACUGUUGUUGGAAAAAUGAGAUGCGGCCCAAAUUUUGGUCUUUUUUAGAAUUUCACACAAAAAAUCUCUACUCAGAGUCUUGUUGCGAGAGGAGCUGCUCUGCUUGGCCUAACUAAGAUGCAACGGCAAAAGCAGCAGCAACGUCGGAGGAGACGAAGGAGGUCCUCGACGAGCAGCAAUAGCCAAGCAGCGUUGUUGUGUACAUCUGCUAGUUGGCCCGCUACUGCUGCUGUUAGUUUCUAUCCAUCCGACGACGACGACGACGACCGAGACCAUGACCCCCUGCCAUUAUUAGCAGCAGAACCGCCAUCCGUCAACAUGGUCUAUCAGUAUGCCUUUGAAGAAGGGCUAGAAUUGAGCUUGGUGCCCGAGAAUGAGGCACCUCCCUUUACGUCAGGUCCAAAGGUGCUAGAGCUUGGCCUCUCGGGGUUUACCGGAAGACUCAUCAUCACCCAGCAAGCCAUCCGACAGUACGCCCUCUAUGGAUCCUCACGCAACCACAACAACCAUGAAGAAAAGAAGGACGAAUCCGUCUCGGUGAUUUCUUCGUCGUCUUCCGAAUCAGAAGGCAGACAUCAACAACAACGACGACUAUACUCAAAGCCUCCUAUGGCUCCAGCAGCAGCAACUGCCAAGGCCACUCGGACCAGACAAACGAAAUCGCCUCCUGUACCACAACAACAACAACAAAAGUCACUACCAGACACAUCCAAACGAAAAGCCAAAGAUCCAGCCGGGGCACGCAAACCUGGAAAACCGGAUCCCUCUGCUGCCAAGGUGAACAACAGUAGCAGCCGAUUUCUACAAUCAUCACCACCACCCAGAUCCUCCUCCAAGAGAAAAGGCCAGGCACCAUCACCACCAGCACAACAACAACAAGAUGCCAUUGAUGACAUUGCCGCAGUCUUUGCGAGCUCACAAGGGGACUUGUUUCCACAACACAACACUAAUGUAGCCCAAGCCAUUGAUAGCUUUAGCCACAGCAGCAGCACUGGUGUGGAAGUAGUCUCGGUGGCGUCCACCGUAUCGACCCGUGCUGCUGCGGCACAUGCCGAACGGGAAGAUACACUCGAUCAGUUUGCCAGUAUAUUUGCGACACAUCAGGAAGAAGACAACAAGCCAAGCGGGGGAGAUAUCGACGAAGAGAAAUCGGCAGCCGUGUCGUCCAGCCAUCAUCACCGGGGAUCAUCAUCAAGGGGGAGCGGCAGUCAUGGGGGCAAUUCUAGAGGAGGGGAGCCAGGGGAUGACCCAGUGUCCGACUUUGCCACUGCGUUUGUGUCCUUGUCGGCAGGAGGGCCCUCCCAUAACAAGCCACCUGCGGACAGUGGUGGCAGCAUUGAUGACGAGGCAUCAUCCAUGGCGGAAGAAGCAUCAGCUUCAGCCGCCGCAGAUUCAGAGACUACAGAAGAAGCCAGCAAUGCAUCCACCAUGGCGCCUCCCGCAGAAGAUGCAGUGUCGGAUUUCGCAGCGUUUGUCAGCAGUGGACCUACGACGAACAAGCCAGAAACAGACGGCGGCAGCAUUGACGACGACGACGAUGAUGAGUCUAGUCGACGGUCGGGAAGGUCCAGCGCGGCGGCGUCAAACAGCGCUGCAUCGAGAGAAUCGUCGUCAUCAUCGUCCGCCGGUGGUGGCCACUCGGUAAUAGAGGAGCAUGCUUCGGAUGUUCUGAUUGGGGAUUUCACGACGGCAUUCGUCGCCUUGUCGGGCCCGCCCACCGUGCCAGAAGUGGCACUGGGAAGCAUUGAUGAAGAAUCUGCGACCAAUCGAGGACUUUCCGUUGUUUCCGAAACCGAAUCUUCUGUGGCGUCGCAGUCGUAUGAAAGCAGCAGGUUAUCGCAAGCGGGGAGUCCGUCCACACCGCAGGACCCUCCCGAUGCCAUGUCUGAUUUCGUAACCGCUUUUGGGCAACUGACGGGACCGACCCAAGUGGCACAACAACAAACCAAGCGCGAAAUGAUCGACGAAGAGUCAAUCCCUUCACGUGCCAACUCGUCAUCCCUUUCGUCUUCGUCGUCGGGACAGCAGAGUCGAGAAAGCUCAAAGCAAGAAUCAGUGCAGCAGGGACCCGUAGAUCCCAUGACUGACUUUGUCACGGCGUUUGGAGCUCUCACUCGUCCCACACCGGAGGGCAAUGGCAAGGGGCAAAUGAUUGACGAGGACUCUCCUUCAUCGGUGGCGUCUGGUUCCGCUACGACUCCAGAGCCACAAUCGAGCAACUCACGAUCGAGUUCAGAAGACCCGUUGACGCAAUUCACAAAGGCGUUCGGUGGCGAUCCUGCAGGUCAAUCCGUGCCAGCAAGAGUUGAAGGACCACGAAUUGUUCAAGCACCCCAGGCCCCUUCUGAAAGCCGGGAGCUCCAAGAACAGUCAAAGCCGGAAACCAAAGCGACUACUCCGGCUCCUGCGCCUGCCACUGCACCUGCCUCGGCGCCAACCACUGCACCUGCCAAGAAAAGAAUGUCUCAAAAGAACAAAACCAAGAAGGCUGCCACUGGGGCUAUUGCGAAAGCCAGAAUAUCGAUCGACAAGAAACGAAAGAUCCGAGAGAUGUUCCCAAACUAUCCGGACGUUAGCACCGGAAGCGCAGGCAGUCAGGAUCCUGUCGGCGUGUACCUCCACCAAAAAUGCUCCGCGCCGUACGAGAAAACACUGCCUCCAAAAGAUCUAAGGGAGCUCCUCGAGGUGUUUCCGUUCGCAGCGUAUUGCGCUGAUGAUAAAGGCCGGCUACCUCUGCAUGUAUUGGGAGAGAACGGGCGGUUGGUCAAAGAUCCCCAAGGUCGCCAACGUGCUACGGCUCUCGCAAAGCUGCUGAUAACUGCAUAUCCACAGAGUGUUACUUACCCCGACAGCGACGGACGACUUCCUUUCGUCGCCCUGUUGCAGCAAUGGAUUGAAGUGCACUAUGAACACAUGUCGGGAAGAUUCAGCAGGGACACAAAGCAGUCGACGCUCGCAUCCAUGAAGAAGAGUUUAAUUGGGAAAUCCGGUAACCAAGAAGAGAACAAGCCAAUCCAGUAUGACAAGCUGUUCCCGGCCAUAGACCUUUGGCCGUACGCUGAAUGGUGCUUAAGCAUGCUGUCAAUGAUCCUCGAUGACAUGUUAGGAAAAGGUGUCCUCCAAGAAGCUCUCGGCAAUAGGCCGUUGGCGGAGCAAAUGGAAGCAAGGCGGCAAUACGUUGGCAACGUGCUUGUAAGCGUCCCAUUGUUGGUCAAGUCAGUGCUGUUCUUGGACGGCGGGGUUGGUUCGUCACGCAAGCGAAUUCUACAAAUGCCCUUCAUACGCCGAGCCUUGUUGACCCAAGAGAGUGUUGGUACAUGGUUGGAAGGCAUGUGUCUUAGACAAGGGACGCCCUCGAAACUGGCCAUUGACUACUUUCAGCUGCUGUCGCAAACGACGCCACUCGAUUAUGUGGGGCCUAAGCGAACUCCAGACGAACAAGAUGAAGCGGCUUUCCAUCGAGAGCGCGAAACUGUUUAUCGCGCUAUUGAGGAAUUGGAAGUAAUCAUUCCUUCUUUGGUUGUGUUGGACGAGAAAGAAACGGAGAGAGCAGCAACGACAAACGUGGUAUGGUUUAUCAUGAAUCGAAAUCUCGCACAACCCUUCGUGGUAGGCCUUCUUCUGAUUGAUUUCACUUUGCACGUGACGCUCAUGUUGUCUUUUAGGAAUGAUGUCAAUCUCCCAUCAACCUCCGACACUUUCCUUGCGAGAACGCCGCCCAAUCUUGUCCCGGUAAUUUGUACCCACUAUAUAGUGAGAAAGGGCUGCGAGGCUUUGUCAUUCCUGUUGAUUUCGAAGAAAGCGUUUUGGGAGCACUUUGUCAGUCUCUGGAACGUCGUUGACACCCUGACCCACAUUCUCACCUUGAUAGCCGACUUAUUGAGGAAGGAACGGCCAGAGAGAUACGAGGCGCUACUUAAUGCUUUAGUUUUGGCGUUGCUGUGGAUCAAGGUGCUGGGGUUUCUCAAGUUUGCCAACAAGGAAAUGGCGACAUUUGUGUUGGCACUUAUUCAGAUCGUCAAGGAUAUCCGCUUCUUCAUCGUGGUUCUUUUUGUGGUGAUCUUCAUGUUUGCAGAUAUGAUUCACGUCAUCGCCACAACCAAGGAAGAUGCGUGGUGCGACUCUGGCAACCUGUCUGAUGCACAAGAAGACUUUUGUUCCCCCUGGUCACUUGACUACUACUAUCGGAUGUACGCUGUCCUCUUGGGCGAUUUCGAGUUAGACGAUUACACACAAACGCGCGAAAUCAGUAUCAUAUUCUUCACUUUCACUAUUCUGGGAUCGAUCAUUCUGCUCAAUGUCCUGAUUGCCGUCAUCAGCGAUUCCUACGCAAAUUCCAAAGAAUCUAGUCUCCUCUUGUUUGGACGUGCUCGGGUUGGCUUUGUUGCACAGCAAAUUGCCCUCGAAUCGUUCUUACGCCCAGGCAACAACCCUCUGAAGAUCUUGCAAACCAAAGUGAAGGGCGUGCCAGUCCUUGGCAAUGCUCAAGUACUGAUCACUUGGAAAUGGACCAGCAUGAUCAUCCGAUGGCUUGUUGUGUUCUCCCUUCUUGGCUCGGCCUUGACCGCAGACAUUUUUCUAUUGAAUGAAAUGUCCCGUCAAUUUGGAAAUCCCCUUUUCUUCUUUCUCUACCUAUUCUUUGCUUUGGUGCUGCUGAUUGCCAUUUGGGUGGUAGGACUCUUUGUAUUUGGGGACUUUCUGAAAUGGAUAUUCUGUGGAAUUUUUCGGCCCUGCAUGAGUGUUGCUGACCACUGGGCAAGACUGUUUACGUACCUUGUCACGGUCAAUGUAUUUGGCUUGAGUGCUGCGGCAUCGAGUCGAGAUGAAGCUUUGUUGGGCAAGGCCGAGAAGGAAGCUGCCGGCGACAAAGAUGACGGCGAAGAUCGCAGGGAGCUGAUGGAACAGUUCUUCAUCCUGGAGAAGCACAUGGAGAAGUCUAUGCGACAAGCCAUGCGCAAGACCGAGAUGCAGCUAUCACGGCGAAUUGAAAUGGCAGAAGAACGUUUGAUCAGUGCAGAGAGGACGGAACGAGCCGAACUGAUGUCACAGCUUUCCAGCCUGAUCCAAAAGCUGGACUCAUCGCCCGUUGCCGGUGCUGGCUCAUCAACCAAGGUGGUUACCUUGACCGGUGGCGAAUCAAACGGCUCCAGUCAAAACCGCAGCAACUCGAAGAAUCGGGGCAACUCGCAAGCCGGCAGCCAUUCAAGCAGCGACGGGAACAACAGUGGGAAGUCGAGCGGUAGCAAGUCGAAAGGCGGUGGUUCCGUUAGCGUCAUAUACUCCAAGAAGAGCGGCAAGUUGAACGGUGGAAGUUCUGGCGGCAGCAGCAACUCGAACGUUGGAAAUUCGAAAGACCGCACCUCGAAAGGUGCAAGGGAUUGAAUAAAAGAAGACAACUAAUCUACAAACUAACGUUUGGAGCAGCCACGCUAAAGAACAUAUCACAUAUCAUUCGUAUUUUCGUUCUCUAGAGUCAGGUUCGCGCUUUUAAACUAGCUAGGACAGGUCGCAGGAGGGAACCGCUGAGGAGUGUUACAAUUUCGAUAUCAGAUUGCGCGCUAAAUGCUUUGGUUGCCAGGGAGGGCAUCGAUUGAGUGCGAAGAGAUGCUUAUGAACUUUUACCAAUAGUUUCCUUUAGAACAAGAUUCCUUUCUUCUAUGAUACAUGUAUGUCAUCUUGACAAUUAUUGAGACAAGAAAGGUGUGUGGGCGUGUGGGCUCUUGGUAUCAUGGUACCAGGUACCGGUGGCGUGGAUGCGGGAUGCUUCCCCUGAGAGGUGUCCUGGCAUAGCGUGGAUUUUUGCUGGAUGACACC